AUGCCUCGCACAAAGAUUUCAGCUCGUCGUCAGGCCCAGCGCCAGAAAGCUGAUCGCGAGGAGAAAGUGCGCCUGUCCCAAAUCAAGAUGGAUGCGGCUCUGGAGAAGAUCGAUGAGAUAAGCAAGCGCUACAAGCAAGAGGUAGACAACCAAAUUAAGUUGAUCCGUGGAAGGACCGAUAAGCAGCUGCUGCAAAUGAAGAUGCCAGAAUUCUUGGCUCUCGGGUUUAAUACUUUCGCCGAACAUCAGAGGGCCGCUAUUAAGCCGCCCACAACUCGCAGUUUGUCCAUCAGUCGUGGUCGAACCCGGACUCCGCAGAAUGCCGCCCAGCUACCGAGGCUUCAGGCGCAUUCGGUGGACAGGGCUCUGGGUGGCGACACCAUGAGCUUUGUGCGAUGGCCCCGCGCCGGAGAGAUGGUGCUCUCGAAGGCGGGAAGCCCGCUGGCCGUCCAGUUGCGUCCGGAUCGCUAUGCGGACGUUCACAUUCCCACCAAGGGCGGCGUGAUCACCGUGAAGCCGCACAAAAUCAACACUGUGAAGCGGGAAGUACUGAUGCAGCUGGAUGAGAACACACUCAACCAGGUGAAGACACUGAAUGCCAAUCUCGGAUUGAUCGUGGACAUGGCCAACAAACUGGGGAAAUUGAAACCGUAGAGAAACCGUAUCAGAGGAAACUUCAAGAACGCAUCUAUUACGCUUAUUUCGUUAAUAUUUUAUUUAGUCUUUUUCAUUUUCUCAUUUUCAAUGUUUUUGUUCAGUUGUUAAACAUUAAGUGAA